UUUUCAUAUCUUUGGCGUACUUUAGGGUUAGAUUUAUUGUUCAGUGAUCGCAGUAGUUAUCAGUUGUUCAGUCGAAUGUGUGGUAGGCUAUUCUUUUACAAUCUUAGUCAUCCUGAACAAACCAAAAGUUGAACGACUUUGAGAAUCUUUCAUUACUAUAAACUACUUAACAAUCAAGUAUAAUAUUGUUGUGUUCUGAUCUCAUGAAGCUGAUUGCUGGAAGUCAGAUCUCCUCUGUGAUAAAUUAUCUCACAAAGCGAGAGAUGGCGUUAAAAGCUCUAUCAAGUUUAUCGUCAAAUGAAUAUGAGACAUUUUUAAACUCAUUUGAUACUGUAUUGUCGGACUGUGAUGGUGUGUUGUGGCUGGAGAGUGAAGUGAUAAAAGGUUCUCCAGAAGUGAUUAAUAAAUUUAAAACGUCGGGUAAAAAGAUAUUUUACGUAACCAAUAACAGCACCAAAACGAGAGAUCAGUUUCUUGAUAAAUUCAAAAAGCUUGGAUUCAAUGCAACAAAAGACAGGAUUCGAACCUGCGCCAUCUCUAACUCAGGCUCAAAGUUCAACGUCUUAGACCACUCGGCCAUCGGCACUCCCGCGAGAAGUGUUCAAUUAAAUGCUGUAAGUGCUGCCUGUCCCAGCUAA